AUGGGGAAAAACAUUGUUCGAGAACAUGCUUUUGAUUUUGACGCCCAAGUUGUAUUUGCAAAAAUCGUUAAACAUUACACGGCAUCCACAGCCGCGAAAAUCAGCUCCGGCACUACUCUCUCAUACUUGACCUCUGCAAAAUACGGCAGCUCCUGGACCGGCACUGCGGAAGGUUUAUCUUGCAUUGGAAAACCAUCUACGCAUCUACAACAAUACCGUGCCAACUACGGAACAUUUGCCACCGCAACUCUGCCUCAGUUUGCUCGAGUCCUCUGUUCGCGACGUCUCCGAACUACCAACUUAUACGACAAAGGGAACAACCUUUCCAACUCUCGUAGCCCUAAGACCAAGCGUAGUGCCUUUGUUGCCGAAACCAUCUUCCCUGACAACGACUACGGCGUUGAUUACGACAUUGAUUUAUCUCCGUCCAUUCUGUACGAAGCGAAUGCUCACAACCGCAGAGCAGGAGAUCAAAAUCGAGACCGCCAGGGCAAUGUCAACCGUGAACAACCGUAUAUCCCCCGUGAGACAUGGGAUAAACUGUCCGAGGAUGCAAAGGCGAUUCUCCGAGGCAUGUCUUCUCCCGCGGAAGGUCAAGCCUCGCCUAACAGCAAGUCAACACCCGCAUUUCAUGCCAAUUCUCAUUCUCUAGCCGACAUGGGACACCCCUCCCCAACCAACAACUCGUUGAAUGAAAGCGACAACGAAAAAUUCCACGAUUGUGGAAACGAUUCGGAGUUACUUGUCCACCUUACUGAUUGUUCCAGUCCUAUGGCAAAUGGAGACAUUCGCAAAGUCCUUGCCUCUGCCUCUUCCCACAAGAAAAAUGAAAACAACUGCCUCCAGUCAAACAUGCUUGAGUACACCAUUUCACGGCACUCCAUCAUUGGAACCACAUCUUCUCUCAUUGACAGAGGUGCCAAUGGCGGACUCGCUGGAAGCGAUGUUAAGGUUAUCAACAAAACCGGCCGUUCGGCAAGCAUCACCGGUAUCAACGACCACACUCUGCCUGAUUUAGAUAUUGUCACCACUGCUGGUCUUGUUGAAUCCCAGAACGGACCUAUUAUUGUCGUACUACAUCAAUAUGCCCAUCAUGGAAAAGGAAAAACUAUCCAUUCUAGUGCACAACUAGAGUACUACAAGAACACUGUCAAAGACCGAUCUUGUGUACUUGGAGGUAAACAACGCAUUGUAACUCUAGAUGACUAUGUUAUUCUUUUACAAGUUCGUCAGGGACUUGCAUACAUGGACAUGCGCCCUCCUUCCGACGCAGAGUUUGAUACACUUCCCCACGUUGUACUUACUUCCCAUGUUGAUUGGGAUCCGUCCAUCAUUGACAAUGAGAUUGACCUUGCCACGGAUUGGUAUGACGCCGUUCAGGAUCUCCCGAACGACCCAUAUGUCGAACCUCGUUUCAAUUCAACUGGGGACUACUGGCAUAGACAUGUUGCGAAUUUUGACAUAUUUUUGUCAUCUGAGAUCAUUGCCCAUUCCACCGCUAUUGACAAUAUACUCUCGUCCAAUAAGCACAACAUGGUUCGAAAUGAACGCAAUUACGAAGCCUUGCGCCCUUGUCUUGGCUGGGUCUCUACUGACACAGUCAAGAAAACUAUCCUGGCCACCACGCAAUUUGCUCGAGAAGUAUAUAAUGCGCCCAUGCAUAAACAUUUCAAGUCCCGCUUCCCAGCGCUUAAUGUUCAUUGA